GCUGUCGCCGAAGCCGAUAUCGGCGUCGGCGCCGGCACAGGCGGCGGCGGUGAUUGAUUUCGCGGCGGAGAGACGAGGGAGAAUCCGGCCGGCGGGAUUGCUGAGCAAAACCAAGUUCGAAAUGGAGAAUUUAGGUGAAUGGGUAGCUUGUUCUGUUGGUGCAAAUUUCACUCCCCAUAUCAUCACUGUCAAUACCGGUGAGGACGUUACAAUGAAAGUUCUCUCCUUUUCUCAACAAGGGCCACGAGCCAUCUGCAUUCUCUCCGCGAACGGCAUAAUUUCGAGCGUCACGCUUCGUCAACCCGAUUCCUCUGGAGGAACAUUAACAUAUGAGGGUCGUUUCGAGAUAUUGUCAUUGUCGGGAUCGUUCAUGCCGAACGAUCGUGCGGGAACCAAGAGUAGAUCCGGUGGGAUGAGUGUUUCUUUAGCGAGUCCCGACGGGCGCAUCGUUGGUGGUGGAGUUGCUGGUUUGUUAGUAGCUGCAACUCCUAUUCAAGUGGUAGUAGGAAGCUUCUUGUCUGGGAACCAACAUGAGCAAAAGCCAAAGAAACCGAAACAGGACGUCAUAUUACCGGUUUCUGCUCUCCCAAUCUCCAGUGCUGAACCCAAAUCAUACACGACGACAACAACGACAACAACACCGACAACAACGUCUUCGUUUCGUGCCGAGACUUGGUCCCCUUUGGUUCCAGAUUUGAGAAGGCAGCCAACUGAUAUCAAUGUAUCUCUAACCAGUGGUUAACGAAAACCGGUAUCUAAUUGUUCGACCGUCACUGACCACAUCACCAUCGAGCUUCGAUUUGGGCAGGCAUCAUUGUUUGUUUUUACAUCGAUCGGGCUGACUAUUUUUUACCACCCAGCAUCUGUUUCUGUUCUUGUUCAUCAGGUUUUGAUAUUUUUCCUUCAGUUUCAGAUAGUAACUGAUAGAUUCUUUAGGCUGCAGCUGCUGUUGUGUAAUGUAGAAUUAUAGUGAAUCCAAUCUUCUUUGCAUUGA